AUGGCGGCCGGGCAGGGGGGCGGCGGCGGCAACAACGGCGCGGGCAGCGGGACCGGGACGGCGCCCGGGAGCGGAGCGGCGGGGCUCGGCAUCCCUGCACACCUUACGCUCUCCUUCUCGUCCGGGCCGCACUGGGGCGCGGCAGCUCUGCCGCAGUCGCACACGGUGCGCAGCCUGGAGCGGGCCCUGGAGGAGGCGGGCAGCUCGGGCAUCCUGUGCCUGAGCGGGAGGAAGCUGCGCGACUUCCCCGGCAGCGGCUGCGACCUGAGCGACACCACGCAAGCAGAUCUUUCAAAGAACAGAUUUACUGAAAUUCCUCCUGAUGUCUGGCUGUUUGCACCACUGGAAACUUUAAAUUUGUAUCACAACUGCAUCAAAUCCAUUCCAGAAUCUAUUAAAAACCUACAAAUGCUUACCUACCUUAACAUUAGUCGAAAUCUUUUGUCAACAUUGCCAAAAUACCUGUUUGAUCUUCCACUGAAAGUUCUAGUUGUCAGUAAUAACAAGCUGGUCUCCAUUCCAGAAGAAAUUGGAAAGUUGAGAGAUCUAAUGGAGUUGGAUAUUAGCUGUAAUGAACUUCAAGUUCUUCCCCAGCAAAUAGGAAAAUUGCAGUCACUUAGAGAAUUGAACAUAAGAAGAAAUAAUCUCCAUAUGUUGCCAGAUGAAUUAGGAGACCUUCCCUUGGUAAAGCUGGAUUUCUCUUGUAACAAAAUUACAGAAAUUCCCAUUUGUUACAGAAAGUUACGUCACUUACAAGUUAUACUUUUGGAUAACAAUCCAAUGCAGAUACCACCAGCACAGAUCUGUUUGAAGGGCAAAGUACAUAUAUUUAAAUUCCUCAGUAUUCAGGCGUGCCUCAGAAUAGAUAAAAAACCGGAUUCUUUAGAUCUUCCAUCUUUAGGUAAACGAAUCCCCUCCCAGCCACUCACAGACAGCAUGGAGGACUUUUAUCCCAAUAAAAACCAUGGACCAGACUCUGGCAUUGGAAGUGAUAAUGGGGAUAAAAGGUUGUCCACUACAGAACCAUCUGAUGAUGAUACAAUCAGCCUUCACUCCCAGGUAUCAGAAUCAGCAAGGGAACAGACAUUAAGGAAUGACAAUCACGUAGUGGGAAGUAAACUUGAUCCACAGAAAGACCAGGAGGCGUUUGACUACAUUGAUCCCAACACAGAGGAGGGAGCUCUUCCUGAGCAGGGAGAUGCACAGAUUGGCCCCCUGCUCUCCUAUGUCAAGGAACGGGGGAAACAUCCUGAGAAAUCCCAGAAAAUAGAACAAAAUGAGGACUGGGGAGAUGAAAAAAGACUUCAGAAAGAGCAGCUGCUGGCUGAAGAUGAUGAUGAACUCAAAGAAGUGACUGACCUGAGAAAAAUAGCAGCUCAGUUGUUGCAGCAAGAACAAAAACACAGACGAAGGCCACUAAGCUAUAGAACUUCAUUCAGUGAAAAGCUCUUCCAGAGGACCAGGGCGGCAGGACGUGCAUCAAGGCUUCUUAAUCAUUCAGUUUCAGUAAACACAAGGAACAGGCCAAAGCAACCAAUGGAAUCUGAAAAAUGUGUCUCAACAAAUGAAGUGAAUUCCCCAGUGUCCCCAUACAGCUGGCAGCCACUGGAAAACCAGAAGGAUUCAGUGGAUGAGCAGCAUUGGCCAGAAACACAGCCAGUAAUCUGGCAGAAUGAAGAAAGAAGGAGAAGUAAACAAAUUAGAAAAGAGUAUUUCAAGUAUAAGUCUUCCAGAAAAAGUUCAAGUGGAAAUGAAAAUGAUGAGCAAGACAGUGAUAAUACUAAUGUGUCCCCACAGUCUCCUGUGUCGUCUGAGGAUUAUGAAAGGACAGAUAGUAACAUUCAUGGUCCAUUUGGUCUCAAACCAAGGUCAGCUUUCAGCCGUGCCUCACGCCAGGACUAUGGUGCAGUGGAUCCUGGGUUUACUAUGAGGAGGAAAAUGGAACAUUUAAGGGAAGAAAGGGAGCAAAUCAGACAGCUUCGCAGUGUAGGUACCAUCAUUCACUGUGUGGGUGCAGGCAUUCAUGUCCCAUCUCCAGCAGUGCCUAAACUCAGCAUGGCAAAGUGCCGAAGAAAUGUUGAAAACUUUCUUGAUGCUUGUAAAAAAUUGGGCGUUCCACAGGAGAGACUUUGUUUGCCUCAUCACAUUCUGGAGGAAAGGGGUCUGGUGAAGGUUGGCCUCACAGUUCAAGCUCUGCUUGAGUUGCCUGCAUUGAAAGUAUCUCAGCUUUCUUCCAUGUGACAUGACUUGGCAGCCAGACAGCUUCCCAUUUGCUCUGUUGAUGUGGAUUGCUCUGAGGCACUUCAGCCUUCUACACAGAACACCUAAGCCAUCAAAAACUAAAAUCUGUCCAGAUGCUGUAGAGAGCCUUACUUUGGAGCUGUGUGUGAAAACCUUUGAGUCAGUUCACAGUUAAAAGAACUUAACUAUUCUUUUUUGUUUCUUUUGUAAUUGGAUGUGCAAAGAGAACGUGGUAGCAUCAGGUUCUCUUUCUAGUUGUGUUAAAAGCUGCCAUUUAACAUCUCGGUGUUAGAAUUAAAUGCUGAAUUACUUUUUUUACAUUGAAAAUGUUGUUUGAAUUACUUUUGCAAGAACAAAGCACACCCCCCCAUCACUUUAAUUUUUCGAGUCAAUCAUUUGAUUUAAAGAUAAGACCAAAAUGUAGCGAUGGUAUGAUGGUAAAAAUGUGAGCAACUGAUCACUUGUAAUCCCCUUUCACUCUCUGAAAGCUUAAUAUUUGCGUUCUUUGUUUUUUGCACUCCUGAUUGUAACUUACGCACUUCUAGCAUUGCCAGUAUUGAGUCUGAGUGUCUGGUGAUUACACAGAACAGGAUAAAGUGAGGAAAGGACACCGUUUAUUGAGUUUUUCCAGUCUUCUAGGUUGGUGCCAAAUAUUUUUUUUCAGUUGUACUGUAGAUUGUUUACCUGUGAAGUGCCUGUGUAAUUGAUAACUCUUAAUAGUCUUAAACAUUUUUGAAAUUUCUUUGUUUAAAAUAGAUAAAAUGGAAAUUUUUUAAUAUUUUAAUAGUUUUUUUUGUAAAAUCAGUAUGUAAAGAUUUAAGUAAUACUUCACAUUUUUGAUGUUGGGUGUUUUAAGUUUGUUGCACAAUUUCAUUGGUUAUUUGUUGUCUAAUAAUUAGAAAAUACUGUAAAUACUUUUUAUUUAUGAUAUUUAAUUUGAUAAUACCUAAUUACUUUUGCUUUAAUGUAUUGUUGGACAAAUACAAAGUUGUCUACUUUUCUUUGUUUGGGACAAACAAAUACACGUGCUGAAUAAGACAUGAGGACUAGUGAUUCAUACAGAGUAAUUUAGGACAUUUUGAUAAAACUGCCAAAAUCUCAGGUUUGCACUGUGAUGUUCAGGAUUUUGUGUAAUUGCUCCUGAUCUCACAUUACAUUUUUACAACAGGUAUAUCCAUAAUAUAGCUGGGAAAUAUCAGUGUUCAUCUUUUUAGUGUUUGCAGGGUUUAUUGUGUAAUUUACAUGAGUGUGGCAUUAGCACACAGGUCAGUUUGUACACAUGUCACUGUGCUCACACAUUGGAUUGAUUGAUAAAUGUGAAAACGAAACAUUUCCACUGUGGUGGUUUUUUUGAAACUUCUGAGUUCAUGUAUUUGUUUGCUUCUGCACAAAUUCUUGGUGCUUUGAUAACAUUUGGAAACCAUACACAGUUGAGCUCCUCUCUAAACAAGUUGCAAAUAAUUUCAUAAUUUUGGUUGUAGAUCUGUUUGUAUUAGUUUGUUCUUCAUUAAUAGGUAGCUCAAUUUAAAAAGUGUUUUGACUGCCACAGAUUUUCAGGCUAAAUUCUUUUCAGUUGAGGGAUAUGUUUGCCAAGCAUGUGAUAACAUUUGAUUCUGUUCUUUCCAGUAGCUCAAGACCCCAUGUAAGAUAAUUCAUAAAAGAAUGAAGGAGGUGUAUUGUCUGUUCCUUCUACUGUAGUCCUUAUAGGCAAUGGCUGACAGGAAAAAAACCCUUUUUCGGAUGAUAAGUUUAAAAAUGCCACUUAUUUUUAAAUCCAUUGAAACAAGUUAGUGUACAUGAUAUAGUUGAA